AUGUCAUCUUCAUCUACUGACAAAUUACAGCUUGAGAUAUUGCAAAUAUUGAAUGAUUCAAAAGAUGGUAUAAUUUCAAAUACUUUAGAAGAUCCAAAAUUAAAAUCAAUAGAUUCAAAUACUUUACAAGCUGUUUUAACUUCAUUAUGGUCAAAAGAAAUGAUUAAAUUUGAAAAACUAGAAUUUGAUAAAUGGAGUUUAACUAAAGAAUCAGAAUCAUUUAUUGCAAAAGGUUUUACACCAGAAAUUGAAGUUGUAAAUGAAGUUUUAAACAAUAAAGGUAUAACUAUAAAAGAAUUACAAGGUAAAUUGGGAGCAAGUGCAAAUGUAGGACAAGGUAAAGCAUUUAAAAAUAAGUGGUUGAGUAAAGAUAAAGAUGUUUUAAUUGCUCAAGUUGAAACUUUACCUGAAGAUACUGUGUUAAAUGAAUUGAAAGAAAUUAAAGAAAAAGGUACAUUGCAAGAUGCUAAAGAAUUGACAGAAUUAAAAAAGAGAAAGUUAAUUACACCUGUUAAAAUAAUUGGUUAUAAAGUUAUAAAAGGUGAUAAAUUUGCUUUAGAAAUUGUAAAUUUGGAAACUGAUAUAACAUCAGAUAUGAUUCUUAAUUCAAAUUGGAAAGAUUUAAAAUUCAAACCAUACAACUUUAACUCAGAAGGUUUCUUCCCACAAUCUGGUGCUUUACAUCCCUUAAAUAAAGUUAGAGAAGAAUUUAGACAGAUUUUCUUUUCAAUGGGAUUUCAAGAAAUGCCAUCAAAUCAAUAUGUUGAAACUGGUUUCUGGAAUUUCGAUACCUUAUUUGUACCACAACAACAUCCAGCAAGAGAUUUGCAAGAUACUUUCUACUUAAAAGAUCCAUUAAAGGCUAAAAAACCAGAAGAUGAAGAAUAUUGGAAAAAUAUUCAACAAGUUCAUCAACAAGGUAAAUAUGGUUCAAUUGGUUAUAGAUAUCCAUGGAAAGAAGAAGAAAGUUUAAGAAUGGUAUUAAGAACUCAUACAACUGCAAUUUCAUCAAAAAUGUUGCAUGAUUUAGCUAAAGAUCCAAAACCAUGUAGAUUAUUUUCAAUUGAUAGAGUUUUCAGAAAUGAAGCUGUUGAUGCUACACAUUUAGCUGAAUUUCAUCAAGUUGAAGGUGUUAUUGCAGGUUACGAUAUUACAUUAGGUGAUUUAAUUGGUUUUAUGGAUGAUUUCUUUGGAAAAAUGGGUGUUGAUAAUUUAAGAUUUAAAGCUGCUUAUAAUCCAUAUACUGAACCAAGUAUGGAAAUUUUUGCAUAUCAUAAAGGUUUAGGUAAAUGGGUUGAAAUUGGUAAUUCAGGUAUGUUUAGACCAGAAAUGUUGGAAUCAAUGGGAUUACCUAAAAAUUUAAGAGUUUUAGGUUGGGGUUUAUCGUUGGAAAGACCAACUAUGAUUAAAUAUGGUGUUUCAAAUAUUAGAGAAUUAUUAGGUCAUAAAGUGUCAUUAGAUUUUAUUGAAACAAAUCCAGCUGCAAGAUUAGAUGAAUUGUUGUAA